AUGUCAGCUGGAAAACCUGUUUUAUGUAAGAAACCAUUGACAAUGAAUGGGAAAGACACAAAGGAAUUAAUUAAAUUUGCCAGAGAGAAGAAGUAUUUUCUAAUGGAAGCAAUAUGGACGCGAUGCUUGCCAUCAGUUGUUGAGCUAAGACGUCUUUUUAAUGACAAUGUGAUUGGUGAUGUACACUAUAUAAAUAUUACUUUUGGCUAUAGGUUUCAACCUCUGGGUACUAACCCUCCAAUGGAAAACGGGUCCGUUCUAGAUGUAGGUAUUUAUGCAAUCAAUUUGGUAACAAUGAUCUAUGGUGAAAAACCAGAGAAGAUAUAUGCUCAAGGUUUGCUUACGAGUGAGGAUCUUGGUUAUGAGGCUGAGGAGGUAUGAAAAUGUCUUCAAGACACAAGUAAAGAGAGUGCUAUUAUGCCACUGAAUGAAACGCAAAUAGUAGCAGAUAUCAUGGAUGAUGUCAUGAAACAAAUCGGCUGUGGUUCAUAG